CUUCCGCUCCGGGGAAGGGGGAGCGGUUGGCGCGGCGCGUUCCAGCAUAGUUUGUUCCAGUUCCGCGACUUGCGGGCCAUUCCUACUGUCAGGGACUUAAGCUUGGGGCUCGCUGGGACCUGGUGGUCCGGUUAUAGGAAAAGAAGCCUCGUCGGAGAGCAAAGCCUGAAAAAGGACUGCGCGGACUGACUUCUUGGCUACAGAAAGCAAAGCUCCACUGUUCCAGGCACAAUUCUGCCUUCUCUCAAAUGGCAUAACUCAGGACUCUGCAAAUUUCCAGAAACAGGAGGAAAAAUGACCACAUUCAAGGAGGGACUGACCUUCAAGGAUGUGGCAGUGGUCUUCACUGAGGAGGAGCUGGGGCUGCUGGACCCUGUCCAGAGGAAUCUGUACCGAGAUGUGAUGCUGGAGAACUUCAGGAACCUGCUGUCAGUGGGGCAUCACCCCUUCAAACAUGAUGUAUUCCCUUUAGAAAAGGAAAAAAAGCUUGAUAUAAUGAAGACAGCAACUCAAAGAAAAGGGAAAUCAGCAGACAAGAUCCAAAGUGAGAUGGAGACUGUUCCAGAAGCAGGACAACAUGAAGAGCUUUCCUGGGGACAAAUCUGGAAACAGAUUGCACGUGAUUUAAUCAAGUAUGAAGACUCUAUGAUAAAUAUUUCUCGGUUCUCCAAACAAGGUGAUUUGUCCUGCCAGGUUAGGGCAGGACUAUAUACAACUCACACGGGACAGAAACUUUACCAAUGUGAUAAGUACAAAAAAUCCUUCACUGAUGUCUGCAACUUUGAUCUUCAUCAACAGUUACACUCAGGAGAGAAAUCUCAUACAUGUGAUGAGUGUGGAAAAAGCUUCUGUUACAUCUCAGCCCUUCAUAUUCAUCAGAGAGUCCACAUGGGAGAGAAACGCUAUAAGUGUGAUGUGUGUGGUAAGGAAUUCAGUCAGAGCUCACAUCUGCAAACUCAUCAGAGAGUCCACACUGUAGAGAAACCAUUCAAAUGUGUGGAAUGUGGGAAAGGCUUCAGUCGUAGAUCAACACUUACUGUGCAUUGCAAAUUACACUCAGGAGAGAAACCUUACAAUUGUGAGGAAUGUGGGAGGGCCUUCAUACAUGCUUCCCAUCUUCAGGAACAUCAGAGAAUCCAUACUGGGGAGAAACCAUUCAAAUGUGAUACAUGUGGUAAGAACUUCCGUCGUAGAUCAGCACUUAAUAAUCAUUGCAUGGUCCACACAGGAGAGAAACCAUACAAAUGUGAGGACUGUGGUAAGUGUUUCACUUGUAGCUCAAACCUUCGUAUCCAUCAAAGGGUCCACACAGGAGAAAAGCCUUACAAGUGUGAAGAAUGUGGUAAGUGCUUUAUUCAGCCAUCACAAUUUCAGGCCCACCAGAGAAUCCACACUGGAGAGAAACCAUAUGUAUGUAAAGUGUGUGGUAAGGGUUUCAUUUACAGUUCAAGUUUUCAGGCCCAUCAGGGAGUCCACACUGGAGAGAAGCCAUACAAAUGCAAUGAAUGUGGGAAGAGCUUCAGAAUGAAAAUUCAUUAUCAAGUGCAUCUGGUAGUCCACACAGGGGAGAAACCCUAUAAAUGUGAAGUAUGUGGGAAAGCCUUCCGUCAGAGUUCAUAUCUUAAAAUCCAUCUGAAAGCACAUAGUGUACAGAAACCUUAUAAGUGUGAGGAGUGUGGGCAGGGCUUCAAUCAGAGCUCACGACUUCAGAUUCAUCAGCUGAUCCAUACCGGCGAGAAACCAUACAAAUGUGAAGAGUGUGGAAAGGGAUUUAGUCGUAGAGCAGAUCUUAAAAUUCAUUGUAGGAUCCACACAGGAGAGAAACCAUAUAAUUGUGAGGAGUGUGGGAAGGUCUUCAGUCAGGCCUCGCAUCUUCUAACCCAUCAGAGAGUUCACAGUGGGGAAAAACCAUUUAAAUGUGAAGAGUGUGGGAAGAGCUUCAGUCGGAGUGCACACCUUCAAGCCCAUCAAAAAGUCCACACUGGAGAAAAGCCAUACAAAUGUGGGGAGUGUGGAAAGGGCUUCAAGUGGAGCUUGAACCUUGACAUGCAUCAGAGGGUACACACAGGAGAAAAACCCUAUACAUGUGGGGAGUGUGGUAAGCACUUCAGUCAGGCAUCAAGUCUUCAACUUCAUCAGAGUGUCCACACAGGAGAGAAGCCAUACAAAUGUGAUGUGUGUGGUAAAGUCUUCAGUCGGUCUUCACAACUACAGUAUCAUAGGCGAGUUCACACUGGGGAGAAACCUUACAAAUGUGAGAUAUGUGGUAAGAGGUUCAGCUGGCGAUCAAAUCUUGUAAGUCAUCACAAAAUUCAUGCUGCUGGUACAUUGUAUGAAAAUGAUGAGAAUAAUAAGAACAUCAGAGAGUUGUCAGAGGAAGGAAGCUCUACAAGGUGAUUAAAAACAAACAAAAAAAACUCAUGUACAACCUGAAUGUCUGUAAUCAGAUUUCAUAGGAGAGAAAAAAUUUUCUUUAUCAACCUCCUUGAAUUUAUUUGAUUUGUAAUGCUUCACAUUUCCACCUAGAUUUUUUUUUUUUUUUUGAAACAGGGUCUUGCUCUGUUGCCCAUGCAGGAUGCAGUGAUGCGAUCUCAGCUCACUGCAACCUCCACCUCCUGGGUUCAAGCAAUUCUCCUGCCUAAGCCUUCCUGGGUGGUUGGGAUUACAGGCGCGCACCACCACGCCUGGCAACUUUUUGUAUUUUUAGUAGAGAUGGGGUUUCACCAUACUGGCCAGGCUGGUCUCGAAUUCCUGACCUCAUGUGAUCCACCCACCUCGGCCUCCCAAAGUGCUGGGAUUACAGGCGUAAGCCACUGCCCCUGGCCUCCAUCUAGACUUUGAAACGAUUGCCUUCUAAUUACAAUAGCAUUCUCUUAUUUAAAAUAUUUGUUUUAUUUAAGUCAGUGUUUAAGCAAUAGCUCAACAUAUCCCAGUGGUCCAGUGACCACACAGCUGAGAACCCUUGUUAAGUGGUACAGUAAAGAAUUCUGUCAAAACUUUGACAUUUAUGACAUGUCACCUAGGAAAUAGGACUUAGAAAAUGAGUUUGACCUGGGCUUUAAAAAAGUAUACUGAUGAAGGUGCCAGAAUUGAUGUCCAUUAGACUGUAAGCUUCAUGGGGUCAGGAAGUUUGCUGCUGAAUCUAUACAACGUUAACAGUGACUAGUGCUCGUAGGUGUGCUCAAUACUUGUGUGUUAACUGAAUCAAAAGGAGUAAAUGUGCAAUAUUUGAACAUUGCAUCCAAAGGAAGAAACCUGCGAAAUAAAAUUAUCUGGGGAAAUGAA